AUGAAGGCUUCUCCUCUCACCCUCGCCAUUGCCGGCAUGGCCAGCAUCGCCGCUGCCCAGAACUACAUCCCCAACUGCGCCGUUCCCCUCCUCGACACCACCAUCAACCAGUGGGUCAAGGACUGCACUGACAUCAACGUCUACUUCUGUUUCUGCAAGGACCGCGUUGCCCAGUGGUACCUGACCCAGAACGCGCCCACCAUCUGCCCCAACGACGUUGACUCCGAGGCUGCCAUCACCUUCAUGGGUACCCUUUGCAAGGAAAUCGGCUUCCCCGUCGAGUUCCCCAUCCCUGAGCCCGAGACCCCCACCACCCAGGAGCCCGAGCCCACCCCUGAGCCCACCGAGGACCCCGAGCCCACCGCCGAGCCCACCGAGGAUCCUGAGCCCACUGCCGAGCCCACCGAGGACCCUGAGCCUACCGAGACCCCGGACCUACCGACCUCCCCACCACCAUCGUUACCGCCACCCGCGACAGCACCACCACCGUCAGCUGCACUCCUACCGCCUCCGGCACCGAGGGUUACCCCUACCGGCACCGCCAAGGUUCCCGUCGGCACUGGUGGCGUUCCCGUUCCCUCUACCCCCGUCCUCGUCAACAUGGGUAUGACCAACUCCCCCAGCGCCCUCAUCCUCGCCGGUGUCGUCGCUGCCGUCGCUGGUCUCUUCUAA